AUGCCUGUGACCGCCAUCAAGUCUGAGCAGCAGUACAAGGACAUCAUCGCCGACCAGGGCUACACGGCUAUCUUCUUCGUUGCGCCGUGGGAGGAGAGCUGCAAGGGAAUUGCGCCCAAGUUUAAGGAGUACGCCGAGAACCCGCGGUGGAAGGACUUCAAGUUCUACCGCGUCGACAUCUGCGAGCAGCAGGACGUCGGGAUGACCUCGGGCGUCAAGAUGGCGCCGACGUUCCACUUCUACAAGGACGGCGCCAAGCUCAAGGAAUACGUCGGCUCGUCGUACCCCGCCCUCGAGCGCACGAUGGGUGCCGUCCUCGCCGGCCACUAA